GGUUAUGGCGAUGGUGUAUAGCUUCUGAUCUUAUCCGAGUGCGUAAGUACAAGCGCAGUACGUGAAAGGAUAUAAGUGGGUUCUCAUAUUGUAAAGCAACGAGGAAAGAAUAGUUUUUGGUAACGGAGUGUUUUCGCAAUUUGUAAAUUCCAAUGCAGUGCUCGACGUAAAUGCAUUUUCCGCAGUGGUCUUCGAAGGUUAUGUUUUGGUUGUACGUGCUUUGGAGCGUGUAACGCAGGAAAAGAAAUAAAAUAUGCGGGUGUAUUAUACUGGCUUCAACGCUAGUCCCCUGUUUACGUGUCAGGAUGGAAUCAUCACAUCAAUAUCACAAUUGACCGAGAUUCCAUUUUCUGAAAUAACAAAUAUCGAGAUAGGUUGGAAUUAUUUUCUUUUAUGGCGAGGCACUGAAUUAUAUAUCACUGGAAAGAUCAGUGAGAACGAAAAUGACGAGAGAAACGGUCCUCGUUUAAUACAGAUUCCACAGGAAUCAUCAGGGAGUUGCAAAAUAGCUAUCGCUGGUCGGGACAACGUAAUUAUUUUGUCAGCGCGUAACGAAAUCUGGAAAUAUAAAAUGUAUGACGACUCUUGGCAAAAAGUGACGCCUUUUAUUCUGAGCAAUGAUAACUUACAAACCGAAUAUGCUAUCAAAAUGUCACAAGCGGGAUGUACAGUGGUAUUGACUAAUUUAGGACGCGUUUUCAACGUUCCAAUCUUGGUUGAGAUACCGAAGAGAGUCAAAUUUACCGACAUUGCCAGUGGUUUCGACCACACUAUUCUGCUGGCGGAGAACGGCGACGUUUAUUCGAUGGGAAUGGGAACACGCGGUCAGUUAGGGCACAACGACUUGGAGGAUUGCGAUAACCCGAGGCUGAUCGAGGCCCUGGCAGGUCUGAGGGUCGUACACAUAUCGGCAGGUGGAUGGCACAGCGCAGUGGUGACCGAUCAAGGCGAUCUGUACACCUGGGGAUGGAACACGAACGGAGAAUUGGGAAUCGAAAGCGAGGACACGAAGGUGCACGCGGUUCCAACUCUAAUAGAUCUCAAAACUAACAAAAGUGAAGAUUCAGAAAUUAAUGUGAAGAGCGUCGAAUGCGGAAACGCCUUUACAAUUUGCUUGACAGACGACGGAUCCUUCUGGGGCUGCGGCACUAACAAGUACGGCCAGCUGGGGGUACUUCAACAGAAUUUGGACAAUCCACGUAAAUUCGUUCGAUUGAAUAUCGGAACGCUCGAUCCUAAAACAGUGAAGAGAUUUAAGUGUCGCGAAUGGGGCACGGCGAUAAUCACGGAGUGA